AUGAAUAAGAUAGGAGCUGACGAACUGGGCCAGAUCCUGAGACUGGUCACCGACCCAGCUGAUAGAAAAUUAGCAUCUCUGGUCUGCAAGGAGUGGUGGGUCAUGGAGGGUCCGACCCGAUCAUCACUCCGAAUUCUCAACCUCGAUCAUCUUCCUCGAUUACUAACUAGGCACCCAAACUUAACCACAUUCGAAACACCAAGGGUAAUAAGCAAUGCCGACCUCGCAUUGGUGGCCCAGUCAUACCCGAAAUUGGAGGUCUUCAUACUUGAUUGCAUACAGAUUGAAGGCAUAGAUGACAGGAAGAAUUUUCGGGCGCUUCAAAAAGUUGGGGACGAAGGUUUGUGCGCUGUGGCAAAUGGGUGUCCCAAGUUGUCCAAGAUUGUGAUCAAAAGGUGUUUUGCUGGACUGCUUGGAAUUAUGUCCAUGAUUACUUCAGCAGCACAUAACUUGACUCAUUUGGAUUUGUAUACUUGUACUUUGGUUACUGACCAAGCCCUUGAAGCAAUUGGUUCAUCUAGUUGUCUCCUUCGCUUUUUGAAUUUGAGAUUUUGCACCAAAAUUACUGAUGUCGGAUUGAGUUUCUUGGCAAAUGGGUCUUGUUCAAAAACCAUCGAGCAAUUGAACCUUUACAGUUGCUUUGAAAUCACAGAUGACGGGGUCUCGCUUUUGUGCAAGAUGCGUGUCUUGGAAGAGCUGGAUUUGAGUUACAUUGGCCAGCUAACUGAUGUUGGAGGUCAGGCAAUCUCCACAAUUCGAACCCUCAAGAAGUUGAAGUUUCAGAAUGUAAUACAACUAACAGAAAGAACCGUUGUAGCUCUUGCUAAGAAUUGCAUAAACUUGGAGGUGCUUGAUCUAUGUGGUUGUACAAGCAUCGCUAUAACAUGUAUUGAUGCAUUUUCGGGUCAUAAGUGCAUGCGAUUCCUCUAUCUACUAGAUUGUUCAUGUAAUGAUUUAAGAGGACCUGCUUUCGAAAGACUAGCACUUGGAUGCCCUUCAUUGGAGUCGAUUGUGGUUGAAGAAUUUUGCAGAGAGAGGCUGUUGCAGGAUAUGCAAGAGAGUACUGUUAGCACUUAG